AUGAAUGUGUUCAUAUUGGUUGUGUUUUUCGGGAGUGCUCUAGCUUUUCCAUUUGAGAUAAAUGUUAACUGGCCCUUCAUAGUAGCGGAUGAACAAACAAAUAAUAUGGAAGCGUUUUUUAAAGAUCAAAAGAUUCAGGCUGAAAAAGCGUUCACGUCCAGCAUUGAAGAGGCUAGAAGAAUGAAGAAUUCAGUGUUCAAUUACUUCGAACUUAAACAAAGGGAAAUCAGUGAUGAUUUCUAUGAUUACGUGGAAAGUGUUAAAGAAAGUGGUAGAAAAUUUUCUGAUUCAUGGUCAUUUCUGCCGAGUGAGGAGGCGGGAGACCGAAUGGAGAACCCGGAUAUGGUUCUUUCAGUGCCUUCGAUCAUAAUUCGUAAUGGUUACCCUUGUGAAACACAUAUUGUUAUGUCCCAGGGUUACUUGUUGAAUAUCCAUAGAAUCCCACGUUCCAAGAAUGGAGGAGGCAUCCCCAAGAAGACGGUAAUUUUACAUCAUGGUCUCUUCGCGAGUUCAGCUGAUUGGAUCCUCAACGGACCGGAAAAAAGUUUAGCAUACAUCCUAGCCGACGCCGGUUACGAUGUAUGGAUGCCUAACAUAAGGGGAAAUAAAUAUUCUAGAGAACAUGCGUGGUUGAAAACUAAUUCCAAGUCCUUCUGGAACUUCUCCUGGCACGACGUGGCGGUAUACGACGUACCUGCUAUCAUAGAUUACAUAUUGAAGGAAAAGGGCGAAGGUACAAAAUUAACAUACAUUGGCCACUCCAUGGGAACCACAAUACUAUUCGCAAUGUUGACCAUGAGGCCUGAAUACAAUGAUAUAUUAACCGCUGGUUUCGCUCUAGCGCCGGUCGUUUUCUUAUCAGAUAUAAAAUCACCAAUAAAAUCUUUGAGCACAGUAGCCAGUAACGUGGCUCAAAUGGAAAUGUUAUAUGGUUCGUAUGAGUUUAUACCAAAAAAUUCAGUUUUAGGCAAAAUGACACAGUCUUGUGAUGUGGACGGUCGUGACGCUGCAGUUUGUAAAAAUCUCCUAUUCUACAUCUGCGGCUACAACGAGAAGCAAUUCAAUAAAACGCUGUUACCAAUUUUCUUGUCACACAUAGGUACAGGAACCUCGUGGAAAACAGCAGUACAUUUCGCACAGGAAGUAGUUGUUGGUGGAAAAUUCCAACAAUUCGAUUAUGGUACCGAUUUAAACCUCCGAGUGUACGGCAGUAAAGCACCGCCACAAUAUGACCUCGAUAAAAUAAAAUUACCUCUUACGUUAUUCUGGGCUGAAAACGAUUUGCUAUCGAGCGAAGCCGAUGUCAAAGAACUGUACAAGAGAUUACCACCGACCACGCAAAUAUACAAGAUAUCUGAUCCCGACUUCAAUCAUUUAGAUUAUCUGUGGGCGAUCGAUGCGCCCACAUUACUCACUGAUAAGAUUUUAUUUUAUUUGGAACAAGUUUACUCUACUUUAUAA